AUGCCUUUAGCUGCUAAAGAGGAACUACUGGUAUCAGGAACGAUAUCAGGUGUUUGGACCUUGUUUACAAAUGGAGCUUCCAAUGUAAAAAGAUCUGGUCUCGGGAUAGCUUUAAUAACUCUUUCGAGAGAAACCCUGAGACAAGCCAUUAGAACUGUGCCAUUAACUAACAAUGAAGUCGAGUAUGAGAAUUUGGUUGUAGGACUUGAAUUAGCUUGGGGACUAGGCUCUGAGAUGAUCCAGAUAAAAUGUGAUUAUUCUCAAAUAGUAGUACAUCAAGAGUACGGAAUUUUCGACACCAAGGAGGAACUUACCGAAGUCACAAAGUUUUUGGAAGGAAUGAAGAUCAAAUGGAUCACAUCUUUACCAUACCACCCAAGUGCUAUCGAACAAGCGGAGUCAUCGAACAAGAUAAUAAUUCAAAACCUUAAAAAGAAGUUAGAGGACUCUAAAGGCAAAGGGCCAGAUGAGUUACCAGGUGUAUUGUGGGAAAAUCGUACAACGGCAAAAUCGAGCAAGGGUGAAGCACCAUUCUCACUUGUGUACGGUGCAGAAGCUUUGAUACCGAUGGAGAUUGGGAUUUAA